CAAAUUUUUAUUUAACUAUCGUUAAAUUUUAUUUGAUCAAAAAUCGUGGAUCAAACAGUAUGCAAUAUAAAGCGACCAUCAAGUGAAUCUCAUUCUAAAUGAAUCAAUACAUAUAUUAACUCAAUUGAAAAACAAUGUGCUAACCAUACAAGAUUGUUAAACUAAUAACAAGACAUAUAUGAAUAAUUUCAAACAAUAUUGCUUAAUUACUUUGACUUAACUUAUCUUUAAUUUUAAAAAUUAAUUUUCCUCUACGAUUUCAAUCAUUAUUUUUACAUACACUGAAAAUUAUCUUGGAUAAUUUAAAACAAGGAGCAAAGAAAAUAUCUAAUGUUUCACCUUCGAAACCUUUGAGUUUAGUAGUACAUGCUAAUAUAAUGGCUUGGAAAAAAAAACUAUUUUGAAUACUCAUGUUGUCGACGAUUUUGUAAAUACGAUCAUUUACAAAGAACACAAUGAGACUGGAUGUAAUCACAAAAAAGAACAAUAUCCUAUGACUAGUAAGUAGAUAAUAACUUAUGCCAAUGAUAUUAGGAUGGAGCGUAUGGAUUUGAGUUUUAAAUCCAUCAUAAAAGUUUUGGAAACAAAAUUAUACACAUUUUUUGUUUCAUUUAUUACAAUUUGUAGAUUUGGGUUCAGAAUUUUUAAUACAUUACAACCCUUUAAUUUUUGCAAAUUAAUUGUUUAACUCUAAUAUUGUUUUUCGCCAGUUCCAGUUUCUUUUCUAAGAAAUUAUAUCUACAUAAUGUGUAUACUGGUUAUGGUUUAGCUAUAUAAUUUCUUCUAGUAGUAAAUUCUUACAAAAUAAAGAUACCCGAUAAUGGACAAUCCAUACUCGAUUAAAUUCACAUUUGUAAACCCAAAUUUAUGUAAAUGUUGGAGCGUAUUAGCAUUUACAGAAAGUUGAGAAUACGUAUAAACAAUGGUUAAAUUCGAUUGGCAGGUUAUUUCUUAACAACAAAAUAACUUAAAACAUUAAUAAUUUAGAAAUAUUCUAUUUUGAUAGUAUUUAGUUUAAACAAUAAGUAUAUUUAUUUUUUCUAAAUUUUCUAAAUAUGUUAGAGAAAACUCAUAUUAACGGUCACAUUUUAUUUAACGUUAAACUGCAUUAAUUAAUUUCUUAUGUUCACUUGAAAAUACGUUUAUGUUUGUGUUUGAGUGUUUAAUCUCUUAUAAAUAUGAGACAAAAUUUCAUUCUAAAAUACCAGAUACAAACAUUUUAAUAUAUUAUAUUAAUAACAUUUGCGACUUAUUUCGAAAACAUUGGCACAAUGGCUCACACUUCUUCCCGAACUACUAUCGUAUUCAUUGUUGUUGCUUUAAUUUGUGCGUUCGUUCCUGCAUUCUCUGUUGAAGAAGCUGAAGCAAAAUCACUAUGGGAUACCUGUCUUCUUAAAAUCAGUCCAAAAUGUGCGUUGGAUAUAAUUGGUGUUGUCUUUGAAAAUUUAACCAUCACUGAUGCAUGUUGUCAUGAUCUUGUACAAGAAGGAAAAAUGUGUCACGAUACUCUUAUCAAAUAUAUUGCUGAGAAGCCGCAUUUAGUUGCCCACGAAACAGAGUAUUUGAAGAAAAGUGAUGAUUUGUGGACUCAUUGUGUCUCAGUUUUGCAAACUGCCUAAAAAUAUGUUAUGCUUGUAUUGAUCUACAA